GAAGUAACUAAAAGCAAGAAAAACAAAAAACAUGCAUUAUGCCAUUAUCUUUCAUGGGGUGGGUGUGGCCCUGUGGGUUGCUGGUAUUUUCAUAGAUAAUUAUCUAUGGUAUUAAUUUUUGCAAGAAUGGCAUCUAAAAACUAUCAACCAGUGAAGAGAAGGGGACACUCCACAGUAAAGGUAGGAGACUACCUAUAUAUGUGGGGUGGGUCCAGGUUUGUAGCACUUGAUAGUGAUUUGGAUAAAUCAAUGACAUCAUCAAUGGACCUUUAUCACUUACCAACUAGUUCAUGGGAGGGUAGACCAACAAAUGGCAACCCUCCACUACGUGCCAGUGGAUAUUCAUCUGCUGCUAUUGGAAAUAACAUCUAUUUCUUUGGUGGUGAUAGGGGUGGUAGCUAUCGCAAUAGUGUUCAUUGCUUUAGUGUGGAUUCAUUCAACUGGAGAGAACUGUCUCCUUCUAGUUCUGAUCGUGGCCCAAUCAUGAAGGCCUACUGUGGAAUGAUAUCAGCUCAUUUUGACGGUGAACACUAUCUUGUAAUAAUUGGAGGAAUUGGAUCAUCUAUCAAUACUUCAAAGCAACCUGAUGCUAAGUAUUCAGCUCGUGGUAGAUGUAAUGAGAUACAUUAUUACAGGAUUUCAUCAGAUCAAUGGAUAUCUCCUGUUGUUACUGGAGACAGACCACCUCCUAUUUAUUCCUUCACUCUAACACCAGUUACUAAUAACACUGCGGCAAUGUUUGGAGGCCAUAUUGAUAAUGGAGCCAGUAAUAAACUGUAUAUGAUAAGUUUCACUAAGACAACAGUGGUGAGUUAAUACUCUAGGAUGUGUUUUGAUUAUGCAAUUCUUUUGAUUUAAAUUGUGGAUUUCCAAUCAAAUUUUAAUUGAAGAAUUGUAAUCCAUCAAAAAUGCAUUGACGUGGCUUGACAUGUACAUGCAAAUUGUAGUCAAUUAAAUGCAAUGUAGAUUAUUUUGUCACUAUCAC